AUGUCUUCGCCGCCGCUAACACCUCCCUCGAAGGAUCCAACCUCGGAAAGGAAUUACAGGUUCCAGCAGACUGGCACCCCAUGCGAGUGGGCAGAAUCUUAUCGUCCUGGGGGCUUUCACCCAGUUCAUUUAGGUGAUAUUUUCAAUGGGCGGUAUGAGGCCAUUCGGAAGCUUGGAAAUGGGUCGUUUGGUACGGUCUGGCUUGCCCAUGAUGGAGCCGCUAGCCGCUACGUUGCGUUGAAGAUUGAAGUAUCAACGCGGCGUAAACCGAACGAGCUAGGCAUUCAACAGCUGCUUGCUAAGAGAGCAUCGGAAGACCCAGGUUCAAGACAUGUGGUCAAUCUUCUGGAUUCGUUUUAUCAAGACGGCCCGAAUGGAAGCCAUCUCUGUUUGGUCUUUGAGCCCAUGGGCCCAAGCCUGUCUUCAGUCCUCAACGCCCCCGUCGAGAUCUACGACCCCCUUAACCCACCCGUACGACGCUUCGAGAUGGCCAAGACCAAACGCAUCUUGCGCCAGGUGCUCUUGGGCCUUCGUUUUCUUCAUGACAGUGGCGUUGUACACGGUGACCUUCAGUCUGGCAACGUGCUAUUCGCCUUACAAGACCUCAGUCGGUUCGGGCGCGAAGCGCUCAAGCAGAAGACAGACAAAUCUCGUAUCGACCCGGUGCAACGCAUCGACGGCAAGCUUGACAAAUGGGCUCCGAGGUAUCUUGUGGUUUCUGAGCCGCUGUCUGAAUACGCCCUUUCGGGCAGCGAUGAGGUGGUGAAGCUUUCAGAUCUUGGAGAAGACCGUCGCUACUCCGGUAUCAUUACGAGCCCCGGAAACGAUUCUGAAAAAAAAUCCAUUGGAACCGGCAUCGAUACCUGGAGUUUCGGAUGCCUUGUCUUUGAGCUCAUCACUGGCGUGGCUUUAUUCCAAAUACCACCUUUCGGGCUAAGUGACGAGGCGGUGAAAGACACACAUCUGAUCCAGAUGACCGACAUCCUCGGGCCGCUUCCAGAUGAUUUGCUGGAAAAUUGGCCGGCGCGGUCGAAGUACUAUGGGCCAGAAGGAGAAAGGCUCGAUGCUCGGCCACGGGACUUUGACGAAGAUGAAUCAGACGGAGAUGAUGUUUCCGAUCACGAAGACAUUGAGGAGGAGUUUGAUGACGAGGAAGAUUUCGAUUUCGAUAUGGGCAACCGUGGACCGCCAAUGGUUUAUGAUUCCCUGGAAAAGCUCAUCAACACCCAUAAGCCAGCUGGUGUCAAUGACGAAGAGGAAAAGCAGAUCAUUGGGCUUCUCAGAUCUAUUUUCCAUUAUAAUUCUGACAAACGCCCUUCUGUUGCCGUUUUGUUGCAAAACUGUUGGAUAAAUAGUUGA